AAUUGAUCUUUAUUUUGAUUAUAAGUCCAAUUUUGGCGCGAAUAAAAAAAGCUGUUCCCGCUACAAUUUCGCUCUAUCUCUGUUUUUGGCGGCGAAAAAAUCCCUUCGUUUUCGCGUCUACUGUAAGAUUCCGAUCAAAAGCCAUGAAUUCCAGAGAGCUAACGCUGUUCUCAGCUGCCGCAGUGUUUGGUGCCUUUGCCUCUGCUAUGACCAUUCGCUUGUUUUUCAACCCGAAAAACCGUUCUGUUAUUGGUCCAGAUUCGGGAGUUAACGGUUUUCAUCAAAGGAAGUCGUCGUCUUCUCGGAAUCCAUUUGAUCCUACAAAACGAAAAGGGUAUUUGUCGUGGGAUGAUUACUUUAUGGCGAUUGCAUUUUUAUCUGCUGAACGAUCAAAGGAUCCAAACAGGCAGGUUGGAGCAUGUUUGGUGAGUCAAAAUUAUGUAAUAUUAGGCAUUGGAUACAACGGGUUCCCACGUGGCUGUUCAGAUGACAAGCUUCCCUGGGCAAAGAAAUCUAAAAAUGGGAAUCCACUGGAGACAAAGUAUCCUUAUGUUUGUCAUGCUGAAGUUAAUGCCAUCCUGAAUACAAAUCAUGCAUCUGCUGCAGGACAGAGGCUUUACGUGACAAUGUUUCCUUGCAAUGAAUGCGCAAAGAUUAUCAUUCAAUCUGGUGUUUCAGAAGUUAUUUAUUUUGUAGAGAAAAGAUUAGACGGUUCUGACACAGCGUAUGUUGCGUCGCACAAACUUCUGUCAUUGGCUGGCAUUAAGGUAAGGAGGCAUCAGCCACAGAUGAAAGAAAUCUCUAUCAAUUUUGAAGAACUAUAGACACUCCUCGAUGACGUGCUCUUCUGUAGGCCUGAAUGUAUCUUAUGGAUCUCUCUUGGGUUAAAGAUGAAAGAUGGAUGUAAUUUAGUAAUGCUGCUAAGAGGGUUGAGGACUCGCAACUCUUACACUAUGAUGGGUGUUCAAUUAUUGAGAUGUGUACCAAUGUUUGUAACUGCUCACUUUAAGAUGAAAAGCUGAUGAGUUAACUUCCCAUUAAGCAAGUUUAACAGGUGUUUUAGUACAAUUAAA